AUGGAACUAGCGGAUCCUAGAUAUAACAAACCAGAUAAAGUCGAUAUGUUGCUAGGAGCAGAAAUUUAUAGUCAGGUUUUGCAGAAUGGGUUUAAAAGGGCACCUGACGGCAACACAAUAGCUCAGGCUACGUCGUUAGGAUGGAUUUUAUCGGGUACAGUAGCCUCUGCUUCUCAACAAACAUCAAAUAUUACCGUGAUGCACGCGCAACUCGGGAAUGACGAAAUCCUGAAAAAGUUCUGGGAAAUAGACAAGGAACCAAAUCGCAUCAGGAAACAGAGACUCACCGAAGAAGAGGCUAGAUGUGAAGAAACAUGUAUGGCUACAUCUGCUAACAAGGAAAAAUGCGCAGACGUUAUGGAGGAGAGUUUGCAACUGGGACACAUGAGGGAACUAUCUAAAUCAGAAGAGCAAAAUGAGCAUGCUGUGUACUUACCUCACCACGCGGUUGUACGUAAUGACAAAGACACAAUCAAGGUUCGGGGCGUUUUUGAUGCUUCCUGCAAGGGAAAGAAUGGAGUAGCUCUCAACGACGACCUAAUGAUUGGACCUAGGGUUCAACCAGAUUUGCGAAAUUGGUUGAUUGGUUGGAGAUCGCACCCGUUUUUGGCAGUGCGAUCGAUGCUGCAAGUGGCGUACGAUGAUGGAGUCAAAUAUCCACUCGCAGCUGAAAGAAUUCUUAAAGAUGAUUAUGUGAAUGAUCUAAUGACUGGUUGUGACACUACAAAAGAAGGCAUGCAAAUCUAUAAUCAAUUGAACGAGUUAAUAGCAAAGGCAGGAUUCACUGUACAAAAAGGGUUAAGCAGCAGCAGUGAAGUACUGGAGAAAAUGAUCGGGAAAAAAUACUCGUUCAAGGGGCAAGAUGAAGCGGAAAAGCUACCUGCGCUGCAAGAAACUGUAAAGAAGAAAAAAUUGGGGGUUUCUGGAAUUGGAUGGGAUGAGGAAGUUUCACAUAAAAAAAAUGGUUUACUUACCGACAUCAGCUAA